AUCUGUGAUUAAUUGUCGUUUUGAAAAACAUCAAACAUCAGACCAGGGCGAGAGUUGAUACGUCAUGGUUGUUUUUGAGAUUGUUUUGUAGACAUGUUCUCUUUUCUUUUAAGAUAAUCGUCAUAUAGAUAGAAUUCAGGUGUUUUUAUUUCAAAUCAUUGUAAAUAAUUAUUUCUAGUGUGAUAAUUAUAAAUGGCUUCUUGUAAAAAUAUUUUAUCAUCAAGGACAUUAAAGAUUUUUUGUGGGUUCUUCGUUUUGCUGUAUACUUUACCCCAGAUUUCUGGAGCCUCAAACAAUGAAUCCACGAAUCUUUCUAACGCGUCAACUGGCCAUUGCAUAUGGUACGGAGAGUGCUUCAAAAAGGGCCUAUACAUGCAAAACUGCCCUUAUUCUGGGCCAGCGAAACCUUUAAAUAACACUUCUGCAUUAGAAAUAUUGAAACGAAGAUGUCCAGCAUUGGCUUCAGAGCCGGUGUGUUGCAGCCCCAGCCAAAUAUUUAAUUUCGAUCACAAUUUAGCAAUAGCUGAAAGUUUGUUGAGCAGGUGUCCGGCUUGUUUCAACAAUUUUCUCGAACAAAUUUGUGAAUUGAGCUGCUCACCCAAACAGUCGACUUUUAUGAAGAUAAACGCCACUGAAACGGAUGAAGCUUCGAAUACAACGUACAUCACGGCUGUCGAUAUUUAUUUGUCCAACCAAUAUCUGGAGAGCGCUUUCAAUUCUUGCAAGCAAGUCAGUAUGCCUCAAUCUGGUAUGAAAGCAUUAGAUAUCAUGUGCGGUGGUUGGGGUUCCACUAGAUGCACACCUCUCAGAUGGUUCACUUAUUUGGGUAGCAACAGUACUCCUCAAGUGCCUUUCCAGAUGAACUAUUACAGUGGCGCCGGUCCAAAUAAUGAUUUCGUACCUUUGAAUCCGCCUACAGUAUCCUGCAAAACGGCUUUGAAUGGUAGCAAAUGA